AUGGAACCCUCCAAAGUGUUCGUCUUGCUUUGUCUUCUUUCCACCCUCCAUUUCCUUGUUGUGAGUUGCGUCCAGUUUGAAGUUGGAGGCACGAAUGGAUGGAAGGUCCCCAAAUCCAAGGAGGAAUACAACCAAUGGGCGUCGAAAAACCGGUUCAAAGUCGACGACACUGUUCACUUCAACUACAGUAAAGACUCGGUGAUGGUGGUGACGGAGGAGGAGUACGACAAGUGCAAAUCGGAACGUCCGAUAUUCUACUCCAAGGAUGGAAACACCGAGUACAAGUUGAACCGGCCGGGGUUGUUCUACUUCAUGAGUGGGGUGAAAGGGCACUGUGAGAAAGGCCAAAGGAUGAUCAUCAAGGUCUUGGAAGUGGAACCGGCGAGCCCUCCUCCUCAGGCUGCAACAGAGUUGCAGAAGAAGAAGAAUAGUGCUGCUGGAAUAGCUGUUUCUUCAGCAACUGUUGUGCUAUGCUUUGUGUCAUUUGUUGCGGUUUUCAUGUUCUAA